AUGGAACUCCUCAGCGUCGAACCUCAAGAGCUUCAAUUUCCAUUUGAACUGAAAAAGCAGAUCUCAUGUUCUAUGCAAUUGACGAAUAAGACAAGUAACUAUGUGGCUUUCAAGGUGAAGACGACAAAUCCGAAGAAGUACUGUGUGCGGCCUAAUACAGGAGUUGUCAUGCCCAACUCUACUUGCGAUGUCGUUGUUACUAUGCAAGCACAAAAGGAGGCUCCUCCUGAUAUGCAAUGCAAAGACAAGUUCCUACUUCAAAGUGUGGUCGCAAGUCCUGGAGCCACAACAAAAGAUAUCACUCCAGAGUUGUUUAACAAGGAGUCAGGGAGUCAUGUUGAGGAGUGCAAAUUGAGAGUUGCUUAUGUUGCACCGCCACAACCACCAUCACCUGUGCGUGAAGGAUCGGAAGAAGGUUCUUCACCUAGGGCUUCAGUGUCAGAUAAUGGGACUGUGAAUGGAACAGAGUUCAAUUCUGUCGCAAGAUCCUAUGUUGAGACCCAAGAAAACUCAUCUGAGGUAAGGGCCCUUAUUUCUAAGCUGUCUGAGGAGAAAAAUUCUGCUAUUCAACAAAAUAACAAGCUUCAGCAAGAACUGGAUCUAUUGCGGCAGGAUGGUAACAAAAGCCGUAGUGGUAUUCCAUUCAUAUAUGUUGUUAUUGUUGGCUUGCUUGGCCUCCUUCUGGGGUACAUUAUGAAGAAGACAUGA